UCGCUUCAAUUUCCCCAAAAUCCACACUCAAAUUGAUCCUGCAAUCUCUCAAAUCGCAAUUUUCACCAUCAUUUUUCUGCCAUUAUGAUGUAAUCUUACGUAAUAGAGAUCGUAUUCCAUGAUUAGAUUAAGUUUUCAUUUGUUUUUACCGUUCAGUGAUCAAUAUCUUCUUGAAUAAGCUUCUCGAUGAUUCUUCCAUCUUCCGGAGAAACAAUGCCGGUUUUGUUGCUUCCAAUCGGUUUUUGUUGUAGGCGUUUGAUGUUGAGUUGAAAAACUAGUUAGGGUUUUGGUUUUGUACAAAGGGUUUUAAUUUAUGGACGGGUUUAACGAUCAUGAAGCUGGCAAUAAUCCUGAUGUAAGUAUUGAGGAUGGUCAUCUUAUUGCUGGGGAUUUCGAUUACACCGAAGAAGUGGAAAUCCCUAUCAUUCAAAGCCAAUUUGUGAAUUUGGAUGGAGAUACUGAGGAGUUGGAUAUUCCGCAUUUUGUUGGCAACCUAAGAGCCCUAAUGGUUGAUGACAGUGAUGAUGAAGUUGUGUUGGAUAGUGAAGAUGAAGUAGUCACUGAACCAAAAGAGGGAAAAAUCAGAGGACUAUGGCGUCGUGCUAGUGCCGGUGGUACACAAUCAUCUGAGGUUCGUUCUUCAGCAGGAAGUAAUUUGACAGAAAAGGUAAGUGAUAAUGGUCCCAGUUCCGUACAUGCUGAAGCUCGCUGUCGAGAAGUGCUAGUCGGGAGAUCAAAAGAGAGGAACUUAAUAUCAGAUAACAAUAAUGUGGCAAUGGUUGAUCAGGACAGGUAUGGUAGAGAAUGCAGAGAGGAUAACAUUGGGAGCAAGGACAUGGAGACAAAAUGUUCGAAAGGAGAUGAAUUUUUCAAUCCAAAGGUGCCUUCUUUUGAUUUUAAGAAUGCAAAUAGAGAAUUUAGUGGCUCAGCGAUGAUAAGUGAUAACAAGCUUGCACUUGGAUGCUAUGAUGAAUCUCAAGAACCAGGGGAGUCAUCACAAGCUAAUGCAUUGGACUUUGUGGAUCAUUAUUUGGCAGUUAGUGUUGUAAACUCGUCUCCAGAAGUUAGGAUUCCAAAAAUUGAUGGGCUAAGGUCACCUCUCGCUUCAGGUGCAAAAGGGUCCCAAAAUUUGGCAAUGAAAGCCAAUCUUAUGACCAAAAUUGGUACAUCAACCUUUGAAUGGGAUGAUGACCAGCCUGAUCAUGGAGGGGAGUUCUUAAAAAAGAAAAAAGAACUUGACAUCCAAAGAGAGGAACAUUUGGGUGGAAGAUGUAAAGAGGGACUUCAAGAAUUGGUUCUGGUUGAUUCAAAAAGAACAUUUUCAAGUUCAGUGCCGCAGAACUCUAAUCCUAUCAGUAAGGUCUUACAAACUGAUGAAACAGAAAGGGAUGCAUUUAACAAGUUUGAACAAUUUGAGGAAGAAUCAUCAAAACAGCUGCCUGGAAAUGGUAGCAAUGGGAGGGAUGAAUCAGAGAUGUUUGAUGUUGGUUUUGACACCCAAAUGGCAGCUGAAGCUAUGGAAGCCUUGCUAUAUCUCCUACCUCCCUGUGUUAAUGCAAACGAACAUGAAGGUCUCAAGGUGACACCCAAUGAUAUUCUCAAAGGUGCAACUUCGGAGAAAACAUCCAAACAGUUCUGUUUUUCUUCAAGGGCUAAUUGUGAUUCACAAAAUGAUGGAAUAAGUUUCAAGCAAAAGAGGGUUACUAACCAAAGGCAUCAAAUGUCUACUUCCUUCCAGAAAAACUCCCAAAACCAAAGAGAGUCGUAUCUUGAGUUACCGACUCUAGCGAUGGAAGCAAGAGGAGAGUCAUCAACUGAAAAUCGCAUGGAUGGGAACAAUCUUUCUGAACCAAAGAAGAAGGCACAUAAAAAAUCUUUGAAAGCUGUUAUCCGAAAGAAGCAAACACAAGAUUCAAACAAGGAAAACAUUCAAGGUGGUUACAGAAAACAUGGUUUAGUAAAACCAGACAAAUGUAACCCACUUGGGGGAAUACAACAGGAAGUGAAUACCUUUUCACCUGUGGCUUGUCGAACUAGGCUUGGGUCAUUAGUAAAACGCUCAAAGAGGAGCGAGGAUACGACAUGUAAUCUGGGAUAUAUUAGAGAUGGUAAGCAAGUCGAUGUCCCUCAUAAAAGAAAAUUGCGUGAUCUAGAUACAAAUUUGAGGAAGAGAACUAAAUGUCCUACUUCAGAUUCUUGUGAGUUAAAAGAGGCUACAAAGAAGGAAUUGUUCCAAAAAUGGCCAGGUCAUCUAGAUGAAACCACAACUUCUGGUCGUUUGAAGUUCGAUUCAUGGAAGUGGCCUAAAAAGAAAAGGACAUUGCGAAAUAUGAGACAAAAUGCAAAAUUGUCAAAAACCUUUUAUGUCCUAUCUUCAGUAGUUGGAAGUGCCAAUGGGAACUCAGUUAUGGGUCCCAGUGAGACUGAAGGGAGCUUCAGAGAAGCUUUUUCGAUGUCGAGUGUAAAGAGGAAAGCUCGUUCCAGUUCCAAAUACAGGUCAGCGUCUAGAAAKAAUCUUUUGGAAGAAAYGCCAAUUCAGAAAUCUGGCCAACCAAGUUUAGCAGAUGUUACUAACACCAAACCUGAUWURAUGAGYAYAAAGAUGAUUCYARAAGCUUUUGAUCUAUCUGGAGCCUCAUCUCAGUCUACAAAGCUAAUUGAUGAGGGUUGGAUACCAUCUUUAAGUGGUGCAGAGAAGAUGAAAAAUUUAUUAUCCAAAAGGAGGAGCCGCAAAUCUACAAUGGUGAGUAGUGUGGGAAACAGGAAGCUACUGCGCAAGAAAAACUCUGCAAGUUCCUCCCUCCAAAAUGAGACUGCUAGAUUGGGAUUUGCAGAAUCUCUUCCUGAUUUUAGUUCAAAAGACUUGAGAAGACGUAGAAGUAAAGUAGAAAUUCGUGUCUUGUUCAGCCAAAGCCUUGAUGAUGAUGUGGUUAAGCAGCUGAGAAAGAUCAUGAAAAAAUUGGGGAUUUCUUUGGCAACAGAUUGCUCAGAUGCAACACAUUUUGUGUCUGAUAGAUUUGCAAGGACAAAGAAGAUGUUGGAAGCAAUGGCUUUUGGUAAACCAGUUGUGACACCCUUGUGGCUCGAGAGCUGCGAGCAAGCAAAGUGUAUCAUCGAUGAGAAAAAUUACAUCCUUAGGGAUGCUAAAAAGGAAAAGGAAAUUGGGUUUAGCAUGCCUAUUUCAUUGAAUCAUGCAAGAGCAUGUCCACUUAUGAAGGAUCUGAGAGUCUUUGUUACCCCAAAUGUAGAACCUGACAGAGAAAUGAUUAAAAACUUGGUUAAGGCAGUUCAUGGCCAGGUCAUGGAAAACGCCCAACAAGCUAGCAUGGAGUGCAAGAGCUCAGAUGAUCUGAUAAUACUCUCUUGUGAAGAAGAUUAUGAAUUAUGUGUUCCAUUUUUAGACAAAGGUUCAGCAGUUUAUGGUUCAGAGCUCUUACUAAACGGGAUCGUUAUUCAAAAACUAGAAUAUGCGAGAUCACACAAAUUGAACGAAGCAGUGGUCUGUGCCACCGUAUUCACCAUUGUGGGUCCGCCCCCGUGGCCAAAUGCCCGAAUACUACUAGUCCAAAGGCAUCAACUGUUUGAUGAGCAUGUUAAAAUGAAGAGGUAUGCCAGAAGGAAAAUUGGAAGGCAGCAUCUCCAUGAUGGUUAG